AUGUCACUUAAUGAGAUCAUCACAUGGACAGAAGAAAAGAACAACGAAAGCGAACAAGAAGACCUUGAGGUACCUUUGUUUGAAUUUGCUUUAAUAGCGCAUGCCACAGAUCACUUCUCAAAUCACAAGAAGCUUGGCGAAGGUGGUUUUGGGCCUGUAUAUAAGGGAACACUACCAGAUGGACAUGAGAUUGCUGUCAAAAGGCUUUCACGAACAUCAGGACAAGGAUUGAAAGAAUUUAAGAAUGAAGUUAUAUUAUGCGCCAAGCUUCAACACCGGAAUCUUGUUAAAGUUCUUGGAUGUUGCAUUGAAGAAGAUGAGAAAUUGCUCAUAUACGAAUUCAUGGCCAACAAAAGCCUAGAUUUCUUUCUUUUCGAUUCUGCUCAAAGUAAACUUCUAGACUGGCCUAAGCGCUUCUACAUUAUAAAUGGAAUUGCUCGGGGACUACUUUAUCUUCAUCAAGACUCAAGAUUAAGGAUCAUACAUAGAGAUCUUAAGCCAAGUAAUAUUUUGUUAGACAAUGAGAUGAACCCAAAAAUUUCAGAUUUUGGCUUGGCCCGAAUGUGUGGAGAUGAUCAAAUUGAAGGGAAAUCUAGCAAAGUUGCUGGCACACAUGGUUACAUGGCACCUGAAUAUGCUUUUGAUGGGAUAUUUUCCAUCAAAUCUGAUGUUUUUAGCUUCGGCAUAUUAUUGCUAGAGAUAGUAAGUGGCAAGAAAAACAAUGGGCUCUCUUAUCCGAACCACGAGCAUAAUCUUAUUGGACAUGCAUGGAAAAUGUGGAAAGAGGGCAAUCCAAUGCAAUUGAUUGAUGCUUCUUUGGAGGAUUCGUGUAUUCUAUCUGAAGUAUUACGGUGUAUUCACAUUGGUCUUCUAUGCGUGCAGCAUCAUCCUAAUGAUAGGCCAAGUAUGGCAUCUGUGGUUGUGAUGUUAAGCAACGAGAAUGUUUUGCCUCAACCGAAGGAGCCUCGUUUCUUACUAGAAACGGUGUCAGCUAAAGGAGCGUUUUAUUUUGGGAACCAGACACCAUCUUCGAUUAAUGAAGUAACUAUCUCCAUGUUGAAUGCCAGGUAG